AUGCAAUUAGUUUGCUUGAGAUUAAUUAAUUGUAUCAAGUUAUUCAUUCCAAUUUUGUUUGCUUUGCGGAGCCAGUAUUCAAGCAUUUCCUAUGAGAAUGCACUGAAAUUUUUCGUUAAAUCGAAACCAUCGGAGAUUGAGUACCCCCUGGACUGCGCUACAUGGAAUGCGACUAACAAAAACACGUGUCCAAUCACUUAUCCAAUCAAACACGAGCCCGCCUUGUGGUGGAAAAGCGAGACAUGCCCGGAAUAUUUCCGGUGGAUUCAUGAAGAUUUAAGGCCAUGGAAAGAAGAAGGGUCAAGAGAGAUUACGAGGGAGAUGUUGGAAAGUGCAAGGAAACAUGCACAUUUUAGGGUGGUGAUUUUGGAUGGGAAAGUGUACGUGGAGAAGUUUAAGGACGCAAUUCAGACCAGAGAUUUGUUCACUAUUUGGGGGAUUUUGCAACUCACCAGGUUGUACCCUGGAAGGUUGCCGGAUCUAGAGUUGAUGUUUGACUGCGACGAUCGGCCGCUCAUUCCACGUGGACCCAACGCCGGUAAUCCGCCGGCUUUGUUCGGGUAUUGUUCGGAUUCGUCGCGCUUGGACAUCGUCUUUCCAGAUUGGUCAUUCUGGGGCUGGGCGGAGAUAAACCUAAGGCCAUGGAGGAGUAUGUUGAAAGAGAUUAAAGAAGGGAAUAGAAAGAGAAAUUGGACAGAUAGGGAACCCUAUGCUUAUUGGAAAGGAAAUCCUAGAACGGGUGCCUGGAGGCGUGACCUCAUGAGAUGUAAUCCCAACCACACAGUUGAUUGGAACGCUCGUUUAUUCAUCCAGAUACAAGAUUUAUACAGAAGGAAACGGAUGGUCAGUGAGCGAAAAGUACAUUUUUGCAUGCGAUUCGCCAGUGUUGUUGAUCACUCCUCGUUGGCACGACUUCUUCGUAAGAGCCAUGAUACCACAACGCCAUUAUUGGCCUAUUCGAGACAGUGA